AUGAAUAUUUUAUUAUAUUGGUUACCAAAUGAAAUUUUAAGAAUCAUAUUUAUCAAUUAUCUAGAACCAAAUGAUUAUUAUAAUUUAAUUGAAGCUUUUCCACUUUAUAUUCAUAAAUUAUCAAGAUUUGUUAAAGUUUUAUAUGAUGAUAAUCAUUAUUUUCCAUUUCAUGAGAAAUUCUCAGAUUUAGUCAAUACUUAUAAUGAAAAUGAUCAUGGAUAUGUAAAUUCACAAACAUAUUUUGAUAAAAACUCAAUGUUUUGGCCAAUUAACAACAAUUCUUUCCUCCUUAAUGAUUUCAGUUCUUUAAUGGAAUAUUUGAAUAAAUUUGAAGGGGUUAUAGUUUUUGAAAUUUCAGAAUCAAUAUUUAAAACACAAAAAUUCCCGUCCAUUAAUUCUGCAGACACUAUUCCAAUUGGAAUUGUUAAUUUUUUACAAUACUUAUUUGAUUAUAAUACAUCUCUCAAUUUGAAAAUUUCCAUUUCGGAAUCUCAAGAUAGUUAUGAAAAUCCUAUUUUUUUCCAAAAAUUAUUCAAAUUUACAUGUACAAAAAUGGAUGAAGUUGGACUUAAGAUCUCAUACCUUUAUAUACCAAAUUUAAAGUCAUUAUCCAUCGAAGAGGGAUUAGACUCGUUAAAUAACUUCAGAUUAAUAUCUAGACCAAUAUUUUCCUCCAAUUAUCCAAUUAUAGAAUCAAAUUUACCCAAUUUGGAACAUUUGAUGAUUGUUAAUCAAAAUGGGUUCAAAGAAAUUUCACAAUUAAAUCUUCCUAAUUUGAAAUCUUUUCAGUUACAGUUAUCAAAUGGUAAACUUGAACGGUUUAACAAUUUCCAAGCCCAAUCUUUAGAUUACUUUAGAUAUGAUGUUUCAAAUUAUACUUUUGAUCAAGAUAAUUUCAAUAAUAUUAGUAUGCCAAACUUAAAAACAUAUUUUAUUGGAUGUGAAGCUUUAUCGGAUGUUUCAGGAGAUAAUGAUAUGCUAAAUGAUUUAAAGACUUGGGAAUUUCUAUCAAAUGCUCAAUUCGGAUUUAUUAAACAUAUGCACCAUAUUUUGAACAAUGAUUUAAAUUCAAAGAAUCUCACCUUUUUAUUAUUAGAUGGUGUUCCUUUAAAAAAAUAUCCAGAAUUAAUUACCUUUCCAAGCUUAAGAUAUUUAACUAUACUCAAUAAUGAUGAACCUCUCAAAGUACCAUCAAUUGAAGCCCCAAUGUUGGAAGCUUUAAAGAUACUUGAUUGCCGUUCAUUUCGUGAUGUUGGCCCUAUUGCAAAACUAUAUCCUAAACUUUUGGAAUUGGUGUUAUUUAAAGUUGCAGAGUUUGGUCAUAUGGAUUCAGAAACGUUAAUUCUUAACAAUUUACUAUCGUUGGAUAUUACAAUAACAAAUUUGAAUAUUGUAACUUUAUCAAAUUGUAAAUUUGAAUCUUUGCUCUCAUUAGCUAUAAGCGGUGACAAUAGUGAUACACAUAACCCAAAUUUGAAAGUUGAAUUAAAGUUUCAUGAUGUUCAAACACCUUUAAUUAGAACGUUGGUCUUCUAUAAUGUUGAUGUUUUAAAUUCAAUUUCUACUAGAAGAUUUCCAUUGUUGAAGGAACUUCAUUUUUAUUCAUCUAGUAUCGAUGGUUUAGAUAUUGCAGCUAGUCCCUUCCUUUUAAUGGUUAUUAUUAUGAGGCUUAUUCGUCGACGUGGUAUCUUAUUGGGUUAUCCUGUUCAUCAAAUCCCAAAUUUUACAUAUGGUGAACAUCCAAAUAUAAAAUGUUGGAUGCCACCUUCCAACUGUGAAAGACGAUACACACUAGCUGAGGAGUAUACAGAGAAUGGGAGAAGAUUAACAUACUGGGAGAUUGUUAUAAAAUAUCAUUCGUGGUAUUGA